UCGGAUUAAUCGCAACAUGCGCGGCGGCAUUUUCCUAUCUUUUCUCUACCAGCUGUGCGCCAUAUCAUCACUAUGUGUUCUAGAAACUUAGUUUAUUUAUUUUUAACGAUAUGCACGACUACAUAGUAUUUAGUAUAGAUAUAACUACAUUAUUUAGUAUUUUUAAUAGAUGUACGCAAAGCCGAUGGAAUCUGGGACAGUAUAAUUAUCGGUUACAUCGGAUUUUGAGUUUCCAUUCUCUCCCGAUAAUUUUCGUCUCCUCCGGUCACGUGACUUCCGGUGAGUGUAUUUGGUAUUAUCUUCGAGCAUAUAUACUACUGGAAGUAGCAACCUUGGCCGGACGCGUGACUAGGUAAAGAGGGAGAUAGCUGCUAUUGCAGUACAUGCUAUCUCUCUCUCGCUGAAUCUGAUUGGUUACUCGACGCGUCCUUCCAACUGUGACUUCUGCUGUGCGAAGAAAGCAGUUUAUAAUGUAGAUAACGUUAUUUAUUUUAUAAAAUAUUCACUAAAUAUAAGAAAAUUAAGAGCACAAUGCCUUUAAAAUGCUGCAUACCCAACUGCAAGUUACAAAAAGACGAUCCCGGAUGUUUAAAUUUGAGUUUUUUUACAGUACCCAGCAAUCAAAACACACGAAAUGAAUGGUUGAGAAGAAUAAAUAAAUACUUUAACAUGGAAAUGGAGUUUAAAAAAUAUUCUUACGUGUGCUCUUUACAUUUUGAGCAAUCAUGUUUUAACUAUGGUGGAUUAAGCAAAACUAUUAGACUGAAAAAGGGAUCUUGUCCAACUAUUUUUGAAAAACAUUCAUUAAAAGAAAAUCACGAACCAAACAUCAUUGAAAUGAUUGAAAUAGACCAAGAUAAUCCGUCUUCAGACAGAUCUAUAAAUAUUUUUAAUGAGGGUUGUGUUGAUGAUAGUCAACCAAAUUUAUCUAAGAAUGCAGCAGCAGCAGCAGCAAUGUUAUCAUCAUCGACGGGUACUGAUGAUGAAGUGAAUCUCGGUGCAAAGUCACAUUUUGGCAGUGUACGUAAUGAUAGCCUCUUAGACCACACAGUUGACACAAUAGGCGUAGCUGGCAUUUCACAAGCAAACGAAUUACAAGAUGACGGUCAUGCCGAUUCAUCUGAUGACUUGAUAACUUCGAGUAUGGUUUCAGAAAUGAGUGAAAUGGAUGAAAGUUCAACGAAUUUUGUAAAAAUGCCUCAAGAGACAAGUUUACUUAAGAAAUCUUUGGCUAACAUCAACAUAGAAUCCAUUGACUUUUCAAAUGAAAAUUUCCUUCGAAAACUACUUUUGAAUGCACAAAGUGAAAUUAGAAAUCUACGUCGUUGUAGAAGGGUACAAGCUAUGAGGUUGUAUCGUGCUAAGAAGAGGAUACGAAGUAGUAUCUCAUUAAUUUCUCACAUGAAGAACCGUAAAUUGAUAUCAGAUAAAGUUUCUGAAUUUUUAAACGAUUCAGUACCUGCUCAAGCACGAGAUAUAUUUCAACGUCUAUUGCAAAAACCUAACUAAACGAGAGCUUUUCCAUCUAGUCUCCGCUCCUUUGCUACAACACUGCAUUUUUAUUCGCCAAAGGCGUAUAAUUAUGUCAGAAAAACGUUUGUUAAAUGUUUACCUCACCCUAUAACUAUAUCUAAAUGGCACAAAGAUAUAGAAUUUACAUCAGGAAUUAAUAAAGCUAGUCUAGAAACAAUUAAGAGCAAAAUUAAAUCUAUGAAAGAGAAAAAUAACAAUGAAGUAUUUUGUAAUAUAGUGAUGGAUGAAAUGAGCGUGAGAAAAGGUAUUGAACUUAUCAAUGAAAGAGAAUACGGUUACGUUGAUGUGGGGAAAAAUGCUCAUGAAAUUGAUGUUCCUGAGGCAGAGAACGUUCUUGUGGUUAUGGUUGUCUGCGAAAAUGGAAAUUUUUUAAUUCCUGUUAGUCAUUAUGUUAUAAAACAACAUGCAUUCAAAAAAAAAAAAAAAUAAUAAAAUAAAAAAAAUUUGAGUCACCG